AUGGAUCCAACGAAGGUCUCGGCCGUCUUACGAUGGCCCACUCCUUCCACCUUGAAGAGCAUUCGCGGUUUUCUUGGCUUGACGGGCUACUACCGCCGAUUCAUCAGGGAUUACGGCAAGAUCGCAGCUCCUCUCACAGCCCUUUUGCGGAAGCCGCAGUCACCUCCCUCCAAACAGCCGUGGCUGUGGCCAACGGAAGCAGCCAGGGCGUUCGAAGCACUUAAAAAGGCGCUGACUUCGGCGCCUCUCCUCCGUAUGCCGGAUUUCACAAAGGAGUUCAUCAUUGAAUGCGAUGCCUCGGGUUGCGGGUUGGGCGCGGUUCUAAUGCAGGAGCGCCAACCCGUCGCUUACUUCAGCAAGACACUUUCACCCCGAUGGCUCGCCAAGUCUGCUUACGAGAAGGAGCUCAUGGCUUUAGUGCUCGCAAUUCACCAUUGGCGCCCUUAUUUACUUGGUCGCCGCUUUGUAGUUCACACGGAUCAGCGGAGCCUCCGCCAACUCUUAGCCCACCCUCUCGCAACACCGGCACAGCAAAAUUGGGCUGCCAAGCUGUUGGGAUACGAUUUUUCAAUCGUAUACAAAGAGGGCCGACUGAACAAGGCCGCCGACGCCCUCUCACGUCGUGACAAGGCCCUCCUCGAGCUGUCGGCUGUAUCGCGAGCUACCUGGCCGGAGUGGACUUCAGUGCAGUCCUCCAUCGCAGCUGACCCGACAUUGGCCAAGAUUAAAACCGAGUUGGAGGCUGGCCGUCCCUCUUCCCCCCACUAUGAGCUGGUUCAUGGGACUCUAUUUUACAAAGGCCGAAUUGUCGUUCCCUCCCAGUCACCUUGGAUUCAGAAACUCAUUGCUGAGUUUCAUGUCACACCAACCGGGGGCCAUAGCGGAGCAUAUCGCACAUAUCGCAGGAUUGCUGCAAAUGCUGGUGAUUUCGACUGCAUUUUCGUCGUCAUCGACCGGCUGUCCAAGUAUGCACAUUUCAUCGGGUUGCGCCACCCGUUCUCGGCUCGCCAGGUGGCUGAUGCAUUUACGGCUGAGGUCAUCCGCCUCCACGGCAUACCUUGUUCGAUUGUCUCCGAUCGAGAUCCCCUGUUCCUAGGCUCGUUUUGGAAGGAACUCUUCCGUGCCACGAGAACUAAGCUGAAAAUGAGCUCGGCCUAUCACGCGGAGACGGACGGCCAAACGGAGGUGUUGAACCGUUGCCUCCAAACUUACCUACGUUGUUUCUCGUCGGAUAGGCCGAAGCAAUGGCACAAGAGGCUCCCUUGGGCUGAGUACUGUUACAACACCAGCACCCAUUCGCCAGCGGGUACUACUCCUUUUGCGGUGGUUUACGGCCGGCCACCCCCUACAAUCCAGGCCUUUCUACCCGGGGAGGUCAAAGCACAGGCGGUGGUGGACACACUCCGCUCUCGCGACGAAGCAUUGGAGCUGCUGCGCCACCACCUACAACGAGCCCAACAACGGAUGACUAUCACCGCUAAUAAGCACCGCCGCGAUGUCCAUUUUAGUGUGGGCGACUCGGUUUAUCUCAAGUUCCGACCGCAUCGCCAAUCUACUCUAUUCUCCGCAUGCAACAGGAAGCUGGCGCCUCGUUUUUCCGGCCCUUUCCGGGUCGCGGCGCGAAUCGGCGAGUCAGCUUACCGGUUGGACCUUCCAGACUUAGCUCGCACCCACCCGGUCUUUCAUGUGUCCUUGCUCAAGCGGGCCAUCGGGGACGAGGUGGCGGACCAGACCCUGCCAGAAGGAUUGAUCAAUCCCGAACCCCCUUUCCUCCCGGAAAGCGUGCUGGACCGUAGGGUGAUCGAGCGGGAGGGGCAACAGGUGAACCAAGUGUUACUCAAAUGGGAAGGGCUGGACAACUAA